GUUCCAGUCGGUUUCCUCCACCCGCCAUUCCCCUCGAGCACGUCGAGCGCGCCAUCGCUUCCGAAAGUCCCAUCUCGCGCUCGCCGCGAUCGCCGUUCCCGGAUCCUCCGAUCGGCCCCGAUCCCGCCGGGAGGGAGAUGCCGGUGAGCCUGACCCCGGGCGCCAUCGCCGCCAUCCGCGGCGGCGACGUCGACGCGAAGCCGCUGGUCCAGGUCGUCGACGUCGAGCUGAUCGGGCGGAGCGCACAGGAGCGGUACCGCCUCCUGCUGUCGGACGCCGCCUCGUCCCAGCACGCGAUGCUCGCCACCCAGCUCAACGGCCUGGUCAGGUCCGGCCGCGUCAGGAAGGGCUCCGUGGUCCAGUUGAUCGAUUACAUCUGCAGCACCGUCCAGAACCGCAGGAUCAUUGUUGUGCUGAACAUGGAGACCAUUAUACCAGACUGUGAAAUGAUUGGAAACCCAAAAAUGUAUCCUGAAACCGACACAGUGGCUCAGAAAGUGCCGCCCAAUAUCAACUCCGGGAAUGCUCAGAGGUUCAAUAAUGACAACAUUAAUGGCAGAAAUCCUGUUCAAAAUGCACAGAAUUUUCAAUCGUCUGUUCAACCUCCUCACCAAGCAAAUAAUAUGCAGAAUAUGCAAAGUUUUCAACCAGCUGUUCAACCUCCAUAUCAGCCUCCGCCGAACUACAGAAAUCGUGGCCCAAUUAUGAAGAAUGAGGCACCUGCACGCAUCAUACCUAUUGCUGCUUUGAACCCUUAUCAAGGCAGGUGGGCCAUAAAGGCAAGAGUCACUGCAAAAGGAGAUCUUCGCCGAUAUAAUAAUGCUCGUGGUGAUGGGAAGGUUUUCUCCUUUGAUCUCCUUGAUUCUGAUGGGGGAGAAAUUCGAGUGACCUGCUUCAAUGCCGUCGUUGAUCGUUUCUACGAUAUAAUUGAGGUAGGAAAAGUCUACUUGAUCUCAAAAGGUAGCUUGAAACCUGCACAAAAGAACUUUAAUCAUCUGAAGAACGAGUGGGAGAUAUUCUUGGAGGCCACUUCGACUGUGGAUGUUUGUCCCGAGGAAGAUGCUUCGAUUCCCCAACAGCAGUUCUCCUUCAGACCUAUUAGUGAUAUUGAGACUGCUGAGAAUAAUUCUAUUCUUGAUGUUAUUGGAGUUGUUGUAUCUGUCAACCCCUCUGUUCCGAUCUUAAGAAAAAAUGGUAUGGAAACUCAGAGAAGAAUUCUGAAUCUGAAGGAUGGAUCUGGAAGGACUGUGGAAUUAACUCUUUGGGGUGACUUCUGUAACAGGGAGGGUCAGAAACUACAAGAGAUGAUUGAUUCUGGAUUCUUUCCAGUUUUGGCUGUCAAAGCUGGGAAAGUCAGUGAUUUCAGUGGAAAAUCUAUUGGUACCAUUUCUUCCACGCAGCUUUUUAUUAAUCCAGAUAUUCCAGAGGCUUGUAGUCUGAGAAGCUGGUUCGAUUUUGGGGGGAAGGAUGCAGCUUCUCUGUCCAUAUCCAGGGAAAUCAUGCCUGGAGGAUCCAAGAAUGAGAUACGUAAGACCGUGUCUCAAAUCAAAGAAGAAGGCCUCGGAAGAUCAGAUAAGCCAGAUUGGAUCACAGUGAAGGCGACGGUAUCUUUCAUCAAGACUGAUACAUUCUGUUACACAGCUUGCCCAUUGAUGAUUGGAGAUAGACAAUGCAAUAAGAAAGUGAUGAGAUUGGGAAACACAAGAUGGCUGUGCGAUAGGUGCAACCAAGAGUUCGAGGAGUGUGACUACAGAUAUCUCCUCCAAGUCCAAAUACAAGAUCAUACCGGAUUGACCUGGGUGACCGCUUUCCAGGAAUCCGGCGAAGAGAUCUUGGGAUUCUCGGCCAAGGAGCUGUUCAUGCUCAAAGAGCAGGACGAUGAAAGAUUUGCAGAGACUGUCCGAAGUAAACUUUUCUAUCAGUUCCUAUUCAGGCUCAAAAUAAAAGAGGAAACAUAUGGAGACGAACAGAGAGUGAAGAUCACUGUAGUUAAGGCUGAUAAGGCUAACUAUUCUUCGGAGAGCCAAUACAUGCUAGAUUUGAUUUCGAAAGUCUCGCGAUAAUCAAGAACGAAGGUUCUGGGUGAGUAGUAGCUGGCUCUCUGUUUUAAGAGAGAAUUAGUAGCAUUCUUUCCCACCAAAUUAUUCUUUAUCAUCACGUGACUGAAUUUUAGACAAGUAUACAUGUAUCAGCAAACCUGUAACGUAGUAACAAUUGAAAGGUCCCUGUCCUUUGAAA